AUGCUGGAGAAUUCAGAUACAAAAAGCACCUCGCAGAGUGAUACAGACAUGUCAGCCAAACUCUCCACAGCAGUCCGCUAUCUCCUUGAAGAGAGACACAGCGAACGCUUCUCAGCCGGCUGCUCCCACUGCCUGGACACGGCCUGGAUCGACGAGAUGGACACCUGGGGCCAGCUCGAAGCGCUCAGAAAGCUGCUGUGCCAGCGCCCGCCUGUCCCGCAGCUCCCCCCGGCCGUGCUGGAAGAUAUCGACGCCGUCAUCCAGCACCAGAACAGCCAUUCCCUUCUGACUUCGUCGCGGGCUAUCCCUCCCUAUGCGACUGUCUCCAGAGGUAGGUCGUCUGCCAAACCAAUCAAUCUCCUGCUCUGGAAAGGCGACAUCACCACCCUGACCGACGUCACUGCCAUUGUCAACGCCGCCAACUCCCAGCUGCUGGGCUGCUUUCGCCCCGAGCACCGCUGCAUCGACAAUGUCAUCCAUUCCGCGGCGGGUCCGCGGCUGCGCAACGAGUGCUACUCCCUCAUGCGUGCGCAGGGGCAUCCAGAGCCCGUCGGCUCCGUCAAGGUCACCCCGGGAUUCAAUCUGCCCGCUCAGUGGGUUCUGCACACUGUAGGCCCGCAGGUAGAUGCUGGGAAACUACCCGAUGCCGCGCAGCAGCACGAGCUAGCAGCAUGCUAUGUCUCCUGUCUCGAGGCUGCCGAGAAGCUGCCUCCUCUACCUGAUGGGCGAAAGGCUGUCGCCUUCUGCUGCAUUUCCGCCGGCCUGUUUGCGUUCCCAGCGGCGCUAGCGGCUGAUAUUGCGGUGGAAACAGUGCUGCAGUGGUGCAGAACACACCCGGAGACGACGUUGACGGACAUCAUCUUUGACGUUUUCCUCGAGAGCGACCGCGAACUGUACGAGGAGAAGUUGACGGGGAUAGCGACCGCUGACGAGAAUAUCGAUAUCAGUCUGUGCCAGAAAACACCAGAACCACCACUCACCGUUGAGAUCGCCCAUCCAGCCAUCGUGAAAGCGCGCAAAUGGAUCCAGGAAGCAGACUACCUGAUCAUCAGCGCUGGCGCUGGGCUCUCUGCCGCAGUCGGCCUCGACUACACCUCUGCAGAUCUGUUCCGCAAACACUUCCCAGCCUUCCUAUCGCUGGGUCUCCGCCGGCUAUACGACGCCUUCGGGUUCGAUGCCUGGGAGUCGCCGCAGCAGGAAUGGGGCUACCACUUCACGCGGCUCGACCUGGUGCGGUCCUGGCCUCCAUCGACCCUGUACGGCCGCCUGCUGCGUCUCGCGAAGGAGCGAUUCGGCGAGCAGCGGUAUUUCGUCCGCACGUCCAACGCCGACGGGCAGUUCGUCGUCAACGGGUUCGACGCCGAGCGCGUCGCCACGCCGCAGGGCCAGUACCGCUACCUGCAAUGUCUGGCGAAAUGUCGUCGCGACGCCGUCUUCCCUUCCGAUCCGUACGUCGAUGCCGCGCUGCCGGCGAUCGACCCCCAGACGCAGGUCCUGCGCGACGUGACCAAGAUCCCGCACUGCCCGUACUGCGGCGACGAGCUGACGGUGUGCGUCCGCGGAGGCGACUAUUUCAACCCCGCGCCAUUCGCAGCGCAGGAGAAGAAGUACGCUGCGUUUUUGCGACAGGUCACGCAGGACGCGAGGAAGAAAACGGUGAUUCUGGAGCUGGGCGUCGGGCUGAAUACCCCUGGUGUGCUGCGAUGGCCGAAUGAAGACCUGGUCGAACACAACAACAACAAUCCAGAAGAAGGAGAAGGCCGUUUCAGGUUGAUCCGCGCGGGGAUUGGCGCUGCAGGGAGCGCGCCGUGGGAGUUGGAGGAGAGGGAUCUGGCUGUGGGGAUUGCGGGGGAUUUGAACGGGGUUGUUGCUGCUCUUGUCGAGUAG